CGGUCCCUAUUUCCGGUGGGGGCGGGGCCGCGUGGGGACCAACCGGAACCAGCCCGAGGAGCCGAGUCCUGCCCUCCGUGCCCCGUGGCCGCCAUGAGCCUGCAGUGGAUGGCCGUGGCCACGUUCCUCUACGCCGAGGUCUUCGCCGUCCUGCUGCUCUGCAUCCCCUUCAUCUCCGCGCCCAGAUGGCAGAAAAUCUUCCGGUCCCGCCUGGUGCGGCUGGUGGUGACCUACGGGAACACGUUCUUCGUGGUGCUCAUAGUCAUCCUCGUCCUGCUGCUGCUUGAUGCUGUGCGUGAGAUUCAGAAGUACGACGACGUGACGGAGAAGGUGAAUCUGCAGAACAACCCGGGCGCCGUGGAGCACUUCCACAUGAAACUCUUCCGGGCCCAGCGCAACCUCUACCUGGCCGGCUUCUCCCUGCUGCUGUCCUUCCUCCUGCGCCGGCUGGUGACGCUGAUCUCCCAGCAGGCCACGCUCCUGGCCUCCAACGCCGCGUUCAAGAAGCAGGCGGAGGGCGCCAGUGACGCAGCCAGGAGAUACAUGGAGGACAACGACCAGCUGAAGAAGGAGCUGGAGGAGGCUGGCGUGGAUGUCGGGGAGCGUCUGGCCGAGGGGCCGGGGGCCGCGGAGCAGAACGAGAUGCUGAAGGCGGAGCUCAAGGAGCUGAAGGAGGAACUGGCCACUAGCAAGAGGGCGGUGGAGAAGGCGGAGAGCGAGGCGCUGGCCAUGAGGAAGCAGGCCCAGGGGUUGACCCAGGAGUACGACCGGCUGCUGGAGGAACACGGCAAACUGCAGAUGCUGCGGGAGGGCCCGAAGGACAAGAAGGAGGAGUGAUGGCUCUUCCCCUCCCCCCCUCUGUCUGCCUCUGUUGCUUUCAGUGGGUGGGGCCUCUCUUGGACCACGCCCCCUGCUCUGCAGUGGGUGGAGCCUACAGUAUUCAGUGGGGGGGGCUCCCCUCCCCAAUGGGGCUCUGACCUUCCCCCUGUGCUCCCAGGAGGUGGGGGUGGGACUGCUGCGCUCACCCUCAUCACUAGGCUGGGCCCAUUCCAAGCAGGGGGUUGGAGCCCUCGUGCCUCAGUUUCCCCUCUGUGUGACCUGCUCUUUCUGUCUUUCCUGGGCUGGGGACCCCUGGAUUUCCCAUUGAAUCACAAGGUUUGUGGGGAGUUGCCAUUCCCCCCCCCCCAGCUGUUCCUCUUGCUUGUAAGCCCUGUGUUGCUGGGGGGCCCAGCUGCUGUGACCCCCCUCCAGCCUUGUGCCAGGGCCGGUUCUGUUACUGGCGCUGGGUCUGUAGCAAUGUGAGCUUCGGCUUCAAUAAAGGGUCAGACACCA